GUCCAUGGUAGCUUGUCUGGCUCAGUAUGCUCCGACUCAAGCCUCUUCGAAUCGUUUCUCUGAAGUUGGAAAUGAGUCUGUGAGAUAGCUAUUGAAUCCUGUCACGCUACGAGGUCCUCUUCCACACGAUGCGUGGUGCUUUGUGAUGGCGUUCAAAUACACGAACUCCGUUAGUGUGUCUGUGUGACCGUGACAGGAGAGAAACCUUUGGUCAGAGUUGUGUCGGAAAUAGCUUCAGAUUCAUAUCAUCGAGUUAUAAUCCGACAGGCUGUCGUCGCGUCUGACAACCUCACAGUCCAGGAAAUGGCCCGAACCAAACCUGCUCGGUUGAGUGCGGCAAGCAUGGGUUCGCCAGAAGUUUCAGAGUCCACGGCAACGCUUCCGUCGCCGUCCAGUUCCGGCGAUCUAGACGGUCCUUACCUCGCAGACGUCACGAAUGUCGACUCUGCUUCCGAGUCCGGCGACCCCAGCUCGUCAACGUCGCAGUCAUUCAGCUGCGUUCGUCCGUCGUCGCGAACUUUUGACCUCAACGAUUGUCCGUUGAAGGUCUACAACCGCCGUCCGUUGGCGUCCAGACGGGCUCAGUUGAGACGAUCACGGGGAUCGACGACCCCUCGAUCAGCCGCGACUUCAGACUCCAAGAGCAAUAGUCAGGCAUGUGACUCGGUUCUGUGCGGUGGCAGGCGGCGCGUGAGUGCCUUUGGGUCCUCCCUCUCCUCCAGGGCCCGGCGGUACAGUUUUCUGUCAGCGUCGCCCUCCACGGCCAGUGCAGCAGAGUCCGCGAACCAGACUGGAGAAAAACAGAGGGCAGCCACCAGAGCAGCAGCAGGGCGGCAGAAGAAGGCAAGCGGGAAAGCAGCGGCAGAGCAGGGUCGGUGCGCUGAGGAGUACCAGAGGCUGCGGGCUUUCUUUCAAGCAGUGGACGAGUUCGAAAUAGAGGAGGAGGACGAGGAGGCGGAGGAGGAGGGGAGGCAGCAGAGCAAGUGGGUGGAUCGGGGGAGUGGGAGGGACGAGGGGGUGGAAAGCGUGCUGGAUGCUUAUCAGGGGUGGUGCUGGUAUAUCCCACCUUCAGGCCUUGGUGGUGGUGAAGGUGCUCGUGAAGAGGGCGGGGAAGGGGCCGGGGAAGGGGAUGGGGAUGGGGAUGAAGGAGGAGCGGGCAGUGACUGGGUGCCGGAGUUUAUGGCGAGGGAAGCUGGGCUGUUGGGCGCACUUCCGAGGGUGGACGAGAAAGAGGAGGAGGAGGAGGAGGAAGAGGGGAGGAGAGGUAAUGAGGAGGAGGACGAGGAAGUGCAGGAGGAGGUAGAGGAAGAGGAUGAGGAGAGGGGAGGCCCGGAUGAGGGGGAGGAGGAGGAAGAGGUGAGGAGAGGUAUCAAGGAGGCAGGGGAGGAAGCAGGGGAGGAGGAGGAGGUGGAGGAAGAGGAGGAGGAGGAGGAGGAGGAGGAGGAGGAGGAGGAGGAGGAGGAGGAAGAGGAGGAGGAGGAGGAAGAGGAGGAGGAAGAGGAAGAGGACGAGAAUGCAACGGAUGCUGCAGGGGCGGAACUUUUCUUUGACGCGUACCUCCAAUCUCAAUUCACAUGCCUCAGUCUCUCUGACGCAGUGGUCACGACAGCCAGCUCAAGUGCACAGGGCAGCGCAUUGAGAGGUGGGGCAGGGCCAGGGCCACGCCCAGGGGUAACAGGCGUGGUGGCUCCCAGCAGAGCCGUAGGGACCACUCCCAGCAGGGUGAUAGCCGUGACUGCCAGCAAGGCUACAGGUGUGACUCCCACCGAUGCUGUAGGUGAGAGCCGGGAAGCUCAGGCAAGGGAGGGAGACACGGGUAGUGAUGGCAGGAGAUGGGGAAGGGAGGGCGGAGCAGCGGCGGAUGGUGAUGAGAGCACCGUUGUGCAAGGAUGCUGGGGCGAAGGAGGUGGGCGAAGGGAGGAGGGUGGUGAGGGGGGACGCGAGAGUGACAGUAUUAUAGGUGCCUUUAGUGAGCUGUCAGUUGGGAAUGUGGGUGUGGAAGAGGGGCAAGGGCAUGAACGAAAUGAAGGGGAAGCAAACGAGGCAUCUCUCAACGGGGCAUCUUCCAACAAAACGACUUCAAAAGAGGCGACGUCAAACGAGGCAUGUUCAGAGGAUGCAGCUUCAGAAGGGGCGAGUGUGCAGCAUAGUUUGAAAACACGUCAACGAAAUACUCUUUAUGAUCAUGACAGCACACUGCCGCAAGACUCCCCUCACGCUCCUGGUGGCAGUGCAUUCCAGAAGGAUCCACAAAAUCGUCCGGAUGGCAGUUCCCUAAGACAGGAAUAUCCCCCUCUCGCACAUGAUGACAGUGCCCUGCAGCAAGAACCCUCUCUUGCUCCUGGUGACAGCAGCACCACUGGGGAGGUGGUGGAUCUCACAGUCUCGAGCAGUGAUGAUGACUCUGAUGACUCGGACGGUGGUGAAGUGGUCGAUUCUGCCUGCACUCAGGAACCAGGGGCGGCACCGGGCAGACAACUGCGAGGGAGAUAUGUGGAGCAAUGCAAGCAGCAGCAGCCGCAGCAGCAGCAGCAGCAUGGGCGGCAAAGUCUAGGAGCGAUGCGCAGGGUUCUGAGGAGCAGCAUACGCCGAAACAAGCUUGCUGCUGGUGCGUUUGGCACAAAGGCUGCCUCUGCCAUUUGUAGUGAUGCCGGUCAAGAGAUGAGUGCCACAGUGCAUGGUGCUGCUCCUGCUGCUGCUGCCGCUCUUGCUGAUCCUGCUUCCUCUCCUGGCUCUUCUCCUGUCCCGCCUCCUGCUCCUUCUCAUUCUCUUGCUCCUCCUGAUUCUCCUGCUCCUGCUAGUUCUUCUCCUCCUCCGUCUCCUGCGGCUGCCACUGCUGACGACAUGGUCUCCUCUGCUGCUGCUGCUGUUGCUGCUGCUGCUGGUGUUGAUGCGCCUGCUGCUCUACCAGAGCAUGGGGAGGCUUGCCAGAGCCUGAAUGCUUCCCAGCACAGCAGCCGUGCGUUGAGGAGCAGCUCGGCUGUCUCAGGAAGAGGGGAGGAAGGAGGGUCUAUUCUAGGCGAGAGCAGCAGCCUUGCGUUGAGGAGCAGUCUUGGUGCGAGCAGAAGCGGUGCGGUGAGAACCAGGGCCCGCACACGGACCCUCCCUGCCCUGCGCUCUGAGCAGGGGCGGGCUGGGAGGGCAAGGCAAGAGAGGAGGGGCAGUGGCAGCGGUGAGACGGUCACGCCCUCUAAAGAAAGAAAAUCGAAGAGACAGGGACGAGCAGAGGGGUCAGGGGGUAUUGGGGAGGCACCUGAAGGGGGAGGAGAGGCGAAAGAGAGGGAUGAGGGGGAGCGUGAGACCAGGGAUGGGGGUGCGGAGUGUGUGGCUGAGGAGAUGUUUGAGACCAGAGAGAGUGCAGGGAGGGGUGAGAGUGAAGGGGUGGAAGAGAGUGUUGCUGGCUUGAACCAGGGUGGUAAAGGAGAGAUGGAGCGGGCUGGGGGGCCAACGGCAAGUCAUGAUGAAGGUGAGGGGUUGGUAGAAGCAGAUGAGACGAGAGAGAAGACAGGAACUGGAGCACCUUCAGAGCCAGAAACAGCGGAGGGAGGUGGGUGGCAGGAAGGGGCCGGUGGUGCCCCCUCGACGAGAAAGCCACAGACAAGGGCACAGAGGGCAAGGACAAGGGAAAAGGGAAGAGGUGGAGAUGACGAGGGGCGGCAGGGCGCGGAGCUGAUAGCGCAGGCAGGGGAUGAGCAACGAGCAGAUAGCAGCAGCGUUCAGAGAGCGAGCGAGGAUGUUUGGGAAGGCAGCAGGAGUGGCGCUGGAGCGGAGGAGGGAAGAGAUGGAGGGGGAGAGGAGCAGGGAGUGGUGGUAGCUGGUCUUGGCGACAGGGACGAGGAGGGGAAGGGUGGGAGUGAGGAGGGAGCUCAUGGUGCUGGAAAGGAGGAGGGGGAGGAGGGGGGGCAGGAGGACGAGGCGGAGGAGGAUGACGGGCUUCGUGCCUUGCUUGCUGCAUGUCGCCAGCCACACAUGUGCUCCAUGGAGCGAGCCAUCACUGAAUUCUGCAAUCUGCAAACCAUUCAGAAGAUUGGGGAGGGCAGCUUUGCGGAAGCCUUUUCAGCAGAGGGAGGGGAGGGGAGGGUGUGCCUGAAGAUAGUGCCGGUGGGGGGCCAAGUGCUGGUCAAUGAAGAGCCGCAGAAGAGCGUGGGAGAGAUGCUGGCAGAGGUGGAGGUGCAGAUGGCGCUGCAGCGACUCAGGCACGGCGAUGGGCAUGACGUGCCUCACUCAACUGCCUCCUUCAUCGACUGCAAAGGGGUGCGGGUGUGCCGGGGGGUGUACUCCCCACUCCUGGUGCGGGCGUGGGAGGAGUGGGCGGAUGAGAAUGAGUCCCACAACGACCACCCAGGCAUCUUUCCCUCUGAUCAGGCGUACAUUGUCUUUAUUCUGGAAAUGGGCGGCAGUGACUUGGAGAAGGGCCAAGUGCGCUCCUUUGAUGAGGCACGCAGCAUCUUGUUGCAGGUUGCAGCUGGGCUGGCGGUGGCAGAGGCAGCGUGUGAAUUCGAACACCGCGACCUGCACUGGGGCAACGUGCUCAUACACCGCACCCAGUCAAGCAAGCCACAAAUAGCAGCAGGAAAGGGGAAGAGCAACGGCAAGGGCAAGGGCGGCACGGCAAUUGAGUGCCGGGGGCGCAGAGAAGGAGGUGCCCUGCAGGAUUGUAGCGGGAGCAUCAACAGCACCGGAAACAGUGGCACCUGGAGAAACAUGGAGAUUACUGCUGCUGAUGAGGAGGCAGGCAAGGAAGAGGGAGAUGGCGAGGAGGGGCAGUGGUUCCGGCUGAACGGGCAGCAGCAGCGCUUCCGUGAUGCGGGGCUCCGAGUGGCCAUCAUCGACUUCUCGCUCUCCCGACUGAGAUCAGGUGCUCGUGUGCAUUUCAGCGACCUCUCCCAAGAGCCAGCGAUUUUUCAGGGCGAUAAGGGCCACCCCCAGUUUGACACAUACAGAGAGAUGAAGAAGAAGACCAGGGGACGCUGGGAUAGAUGGUGUCCUCAGACGAACAGUCUCUGGCUUAGAUAUCUGGCGGAAAUGCUGCAAACCGGCAAGAAGAUUCAAUUCAAGGCUACUGAGAAGAGGGCCAUUAGCUUGUUUCAGGAGCGCAUGGGCAAAUGCCCUUCGUCACAAGCUGCCCUUGAUGAUCAGCUAUUCUCUGACCUCUGGUGCUCGUAGAGUUGCAAGAACUGAACGAUGAGAGGUGGUUUUGACGUUGGGAGGAAGGCUUUGUUGGAAAUGAUAACAUGACUUUAUAGGAGUCUCAUCUCACGUGCUAUAGAAAUACGCGAAGACUACAACAUCGAGGAUUGCCAAGUCAAAUCUUGCUACAGUUCCUCUGACGGUUGACGCAUGCUGACAACACCUCACGGACAGGGCUUAUCUUUGUUUUUUCACCUCUGAUUUUCACCUCUGACAAUCUGAUUAUCUUUUCAACUCAU